UUUGUUUUGGCGCGGAAGGGCAGCGGCUUGUGGAUAGAUGGGGUCAAAGGAAACGUGAUUGUCACCUGUGAAGGGGAAGGGGGUGCCAUCCUCUCUCCUUCCCUUUCCUCAGUCUGCACCCCUGCAAACUCCCCCCCCCACCUUCUCAGGGUCUCCCCCCCCUUGUUGCUAAGGCCCAGACCGUCAUCCCAGCAACAGCCUCAGUCAUGUGACCGGCAAUGGCGGCGCUGACGAGAGGUAGUCCCGAUCAGCUGACUGUGGAAACGGAUUUCUGCUGCUAUCAUCGUCCAUGGGCUUUCCAGGUCACACAACCUACAAGUAGGGAGCAGGGACAGAGAGAGAGCGAGCCUGCAUGCCAAUUCUAAGCUCUUCAGGAUCAAAAAUGGCAGCCUGUGGAGGCACCUGCAAGAACAAAGUGACUGUCUCCAAGCCUGUGUGGGACUUCCUGAGCAAGGAGACCCCAGCCCGGCUGGCCCGGCUUCGGGAGGAGCACCGUGUGUCCAUUCUCAUAGACGGCGAGACCUCUGACAUCUAUGUGCUCCAGCUUUCCCCUCAGGGCCCUCCCCCAGCCCCUCCCAAUGGGCUCUACCUGGCCCGCAAGGCUCUCAAGGGGCUGCUGAAGGAGGCAGAGAAAGAGCUGAAGAAAGCUCAGAGGCAGGGGGAGCUUAUGGGCUGCCUGGCUUUGGGGGGUGGAGGGGAGCACCCUGAGCUGCACCGCCCAGGCCCACCCCCUCUCCGGGCAGCCCCACUCCUGCCCCCGGGGGCCCGGGGGCUCCCCCCGCCUCCUCCUCCCCUGCCCCCUCCUCUUCCUCCUCGCCUUCGGGAGGAGCCGGAAGAGCAGGAGAGCACCUGCCCCAUCUGUCUGGGGGAGAUCCAGAAUGCCAAGACAUUGGAGAAGUGCCGGCACUCAUUCUGCGAGGGCUGCAUCACCCGGGCCCUGCAGGUGAAAAAGGCCUGCCCCAUGUGUGGCCGCUUCUAUGGGCAGCUGGUGGGCAACCAGCCCCAGAAUGGGCGGAUGCUGGUCUCUAAGGACGCCACACUCCUGCUACCCAGCUAUGAGAAGUACGGCACCAUCGUCAUCCAGUACGUCUUCCCGCCCGGUGUCCAGGGGGCUGAACACCCAAACCCAGGAGUUCGGUAUCCUGGCACCACACGGGUGGCCUACCUCCCGGACUGCCCUGAGGGCAACAAGGUGCUGACCCUGUUCCGCAAGGCAUUUGACCAGCGUCUCACCUUCACUAUCGGCACGUCCAUGACCACAGGGAGACCGAAUGUCAUCACCUGGAACGACAUCCACCACAAGACCAGCUGCACAGGGGGACCCCAGCUGUGCGACACUCCUUCUUCCCUUCUCUUGGCUCCUCCCCUUUUCUCCAUUUCCAACCUGGGGAAGCCCCUCUCUUUGGGAACCUCCUAAACUGGAGAGGACCACACCCAAACUAUUCAACCAUCUCCUCCAUCCCAGUUUCUCCUCUCUUCAGCCUGAUCCUGAUGUGCCCGCUUAGCCUACAAAAAUAAGCAGAAUUAGGCUCAGUUAUCUUGGGUUUGGGUAACCUUAUGGGAGGUGGGCAGGGGCUAGGAUGGGGCACCAGGAGGAAGGUGAGCUUGGGGCUAUGAAAAGCCUGAACAGCUAACCCUGACCCUCAUUUCUCUUUGCUCCCAGGUUUGGGUACCCGGACCCCACUUACCUGACCCGGGUGCAAGAGGAGCUGAGAGCCAAGGGCAUCACCGAUGACUGAAGGACAUCCCCCUUGUGAGGCCCCUGCUGUUCUCCUCCAGUAGGACCCAACGGAAGCCUCUGUUCUCUCUCCCUCUGCCCCCCUCACCAAGCUAGUAGGGGAAGGUCCUGCUGGGGAAGGCGGUCUGAGAGGGAGGGGCCAUCCCUUCCCCAGCCCCCCACAGGCCGAGUACUUCAGUGCAGUGUGAGCCACUCCUUUCUGGCAGAGGCUGACAUCCUAGGCUCUGCUCCCCUCCUCCCGGUGUACAUACUCCCAGUCUCCCUGCCCCCUCCACUGCCCUUGGCUUUUUCUGGUACGUGCUGUGCUCCAGUGACUAAGCUGAGAGAGGACCUGGGUGGGGAGGGAAGGGUCUCUUGAACCCCCGCCCCAACUCCCACAUACUGCUCCACUGCUGAACUUCUCUGCAGGGGAGGGGAACCGGGCUGCUGUGAGCCCCCAAGGAGCCGGCCCUGUGUGUUCUUCAGAAACAGUUCCCCUUCUACCUUAACCUUGUCCUUUCUCUCCUGUGUCUCUGUCUCUGUUGGUCUUUCUCUCCCGCUUUUCUCUGCCCCCUAUAAGGAGCCUCCUUACCCUGUUCUGGAAUCGCCGCCAGACUGUAGCUUUUAAUUUAAUAAAAAUAAAGUAAAAUAUGCAACUCUC